CGGUGAAAACCUCGUCACUCGUAUUGGUGGAGAUAACCGGCGGUAGGGGAGGUUCUUCGAGGAUGGAGGCACCGUGGUGGAAGACGGCAGUGGGUACCGGGCUGGGCCUGCUUGCCAUCGGACUGUUAGCCUUCUACACUUGCAUGGACAACUCCUGCAUGAACCAGUCAGACAACUUCCUUCUUACCAAUAGCGGAGACCGGAACAACCAUGCCGUAUCGCACCGGCACGCCAGGGACCUGCCACAGAAGAAGUACACGUUCCGCCCGUCUACCUUGGAGAGAGAUUUGGACUUCAACAUCUCAGGAACCGACGUGAUAGUCUUCCUGCACAUGCAGAAGACCGGCGGAACCAGCUUCGGUCGCCAGCUUGUGACCAACAUGGACUUGGAGAGACCGUGCCAGUGCCGGCGAGGGCAGAAGAGGUGCCAGUGCUACCGGCCAGGCACCGACCGGGACAUCUGGCUGUUCUCCCGGUUCUCCACGGGCUGGUCGUGCGGGCUGCACGCCGACUGGACGGAGCUGAAGGACUGCGUUCCCGACAUGAUGGACAAGAAGGAAAAACAGCCCAAGAAACGAAGAGGGUAUUUCUACAUCACCAUGCUGCGGGAACCUGUGGCCAGAUACCUGAGCGAAUGGCGUCACGUGCAGCGAGGUGCCACGUGGAAAACUUCUCGGCACAUGUGUGACGGGAGGAUGCCAUCAGAAAAGGAGCUGCCAUCUUGUUUUGACGACAACUGGGUUGGUGUUGAGUUGGACGAGUUCACUGGUUGUCCGUGGAACCUUGCAAAUAAUCGCCAGACCCGCAUGCUGGCAGACUUAAGCCUUGUCGGCUGCUACAAUACGUCCCGUGUUAGCCAAGAGCAGAGAAACCGCAUUCUUCUGGGGAGCGCGAAGACCAAUCUCCGACGGAUGGCUUUCUUUGGCCUCACGGAAUUCCAGAAGAAGAGUCAGUACAUGUUUGAAAGGACCUUUAAGCUAAAAUUCAUAGAACCUUUCGAGCAAGUCAACGGCACCACAGCAGGCAGGACACCCAUCUCAGAAGACAAAAGAAGGAAAGUAGAAGAACUGAACGCUCUUGACAUUGAACUUUACGACUAUGCCAAAGACUUAUUUUUACAGAGACUAGAGCGACUUAAGCAAAGUGAUCCAGAUUACUAUGAUUAUGUAGAUGAAGAAGUAGGAAACUGGUAAGUAUUCUCUUAUCAUUGCACUAUUCUAGAAGUUGAAAUAUUGUUUUCAACGAUUUCAAGCCAAACAAAGUCAUUGUACAGAUAAGAAUACAUAGUCUACUAAGUACACGAACCAGAAUACCCAAUCUCAAGCUGUACCAUACUUCUUAGCAAAUUUAAAGGAGGGUUGAACGCCUGCAUCUACUAAAGUAUUUUAGUCAGCGUCCGUGACCUGCGUACUCGCUAUGCGAACUAUGAUCGCCCUUUUAAAAAGGCCACAUAGUCACUAGUGUUCGAGAGAAACGUCAUCUUGUGAGGUUUCUAGGAGUUGUUCAACCAUCCGACAUGUAAAAGCCAUUUCAAAAUCCCUAGUGCGCAUGUGCAGUCGUGGUGCAUUAUGGUCUAGGGUCAAAGUUGAAAGCCACAAUACAUCACGACUGCACAUGCGCAAUAGGGACUGUGAAAUGGCUUAUCGUGCUCAUUUUCGACAUUGUUGUAAUGCGAUGUUCAAAAUUGUUGUCACGAAAACCAAUCUAUUAGUUAUAACAAGGACAAUUUAUGUCGACAGCAUUACGAGUAUUUAUGUAACACAUGCAUGUAAGUACCGCAAACCAAUAACAUAUUCUGGUCAACAUUUUUCACAUUGACACAUGCAGAGAAAUGGUCUCAUCCUUCUCUCAUUAAAAGAAAACAUUGAAAAAUACAAAAAUAGUAAAAAAAAGUUGAUUGUGCCACAGUAAUUGAGUAUAUUGACCCCAUUUGUAAACCAUUGUGUCAACCUUACUUGAGAUGCUGAUUACUAGUAUGAUAAUGCUAUUAAACAGGCUAUCUAGUAUCA